UAAUGAUUAUUCGCGUGACGAAACGAGCAACGCGUAUUUUGUACUUUUUAACCAAGAACAAAGAGCUUCAAACGUCAAGCUUCAGGGCCAACCACCAAACGCCCUGGUCCAUUAUGAACUAAUUGCGAGGAAUUCCUGCCCAGAAUGUCGGAUGUCGAAGUCGGGCAGACGAUUCGGCUCACCGACGGCCGCAAUGCGAUUGUUCGAUAUGUCGGACAAACCCAUUUCGCUGUGGGCGACUGGAUAGGUAUCGAGCUUGAGGAUGAUGGGGGAAAGAAUGACGGUUCCGUCCAGGGCGAGCGCUAUUUCGAUUGCUCCCCGGGAAGAGGCAUGUUCGUCCGGCCCGCUACCGUGGCGGCAGUGCUCCAGUCUGCUCCGCCUACUAGGUCUGCUGCCCCUGCUCAAAGAGGGCCGCGAACAGGCACAGCUGCUAGACGACCGAGCUCUGUGACGGGACGACCGAGCUCCGUAGCAGGACGAUCAAAUUCUGUAACAGAUCCUUCGACGGGCAAACGAAUGAGCUUGAAUGCGCCCAGUCCGAGUCCGGUACCUAGGAGGUCUUCAUCUUCUCGACCGUCUAGCAUGGUGAGGUCUCCCACUAAGUCUCCUACGAAGCAACUUGGAAUGACCGCCCCGCCUAGCGUUUCGACCUCGAGAACCGGUACACCGUCGAAUGCGCGCGUUUCUUCUAUCGGAGCGAGGCCUCGUCCUCCGGCAGUGAAUACCAGAACCUCUAUGGGGCCACCAGCCUUACCUUCUGCUGGUAAUAGAAGACAAGUAUCGACGUCAUCUAAUACUACAAGAUCUGUUAGUGGUGCCACAAGGCCUCCCGGCGCACGAGUCUCUACCGGGGCUGCUCGCGGAUCUCGUCCUACUUCUGGGAGAGUACGGUCGGGGGAUUCCUUAUCAGGAAAUGAGGGUGGUAACAGAUCGGAUCUGGGCUCUCCCUUUAAGAGCGAUGGAGAACAAACGAUAAGCCCCGUGCGCUCUAGAACGAAGGCUCUAGAGAAGCUUACUUCUACGGGGCCGUCUUCGACGACGUCUUCUAAGCAACCAGCGAGCGCGGCAAGCUCGAAAGCGCCUCCGAGUACGGCUACUUCUACCCGUGCAUCUGCUACUAGCGCAGCUAGGGAGAACGAGGACCUAAAAGCAAAACUAAAGGUCCUGGAGCGCAAGCGCUUGGAAGAUCGGGAAAAGAUCAAAGAUUUGGAGAUAAUUCAGGAGCAACGAGAUAAGUUCGAGUCUAUAAAUAAAAAGAUAGAGGGAAAAUACCAGUCUACGGCACAGGAAAACUCCGCUCUACGGAAGCAGUUGAAGGAGGCGGAAGAACGACUAGUGCAGAUCGAGACCUUACAAGCAGAGCAUGAAACCGUCAUGGAGCUCGCGACGCUAGACCGCGAGAUGGCCGAGGAGACUGCCGAGGUUUAUAAAGCCGAGCUUGACGCCUUGAAGCAAAAGGCAGAGGAACUCGAGCUCGAAGUAGAGGUUCUACGCGAGGAGAAUGCCGAGUACUCCCAGGGUAUGUCUCCUGAUGAAAGGGCGAGUACGGGAUGGCUUCAAAUGGAACGACAUAAUGAACGGCUACGUGAAGCUCUUAUUAGACUACGAGAUAUUACCCAAGAGCAAGAAGAGGAGUCGAAAGCGCAAAUUAAAGCACUUGAAAAGGACCUGGAAGAUUUCGAAGCCAUAAAGGAGCAGUACCAAAUCGCCAAGGAGAAGCUGCUAGAGUCCGAGACCCGUGCUGAGGACCUCCGACAGCAGUUAGAUGACAACGUGGGUGCGGAGAGCAUGAUCGAGCAACUUAGCUACGAGAAGCUACAGCAGUCUGAACACAUCAACGAGUUGAAGGCCAUGAUAGAUGAUCUCGAAGCACUCAAGGAGAUCAAUGACGAGCUUGAGGUUAACCAUGUUCAGAACGAGAAGGAAAUGCAAGACGAGCUCGAUUUCAAGGAUAGUAUCAUUGCCGAGCAAGCACGAAGAGCUUCUGAGAAGGACGAUACCAUAGGAGAUUUGGAAUACACGCUGUCUCGAUUUAGAGAGCUCGUCACUAACCUCCAGACCGACCUAGAGGAUAUACGUGCAUCUCAUGCCGUUAACGAGGCCGAGUCUGAACAGCUCAACAGCAAGUCGAGGGCGAUGAUGGAUCUCAACCAGAAACUCCAGCUUUCAGCCGUGAAGACACAGAUCAAGACCAUCGAUCUAGAGCUGCAGCGCAUGGACGCCCAGGAAGCGCAACAGCAUCUCCAGAUUGUUAAAUUGUUCUUGCCUGAGAGCUACAACACCGACAGAGAUUCUGUCCUGGCGUUGUUGCGAUUCAGCCGGUUGGCUUUCAAGGCGAACUUGCUUCACGGCUUCGUUAAAGAACGUGUCAACAAACAGCCGCACCCUGGCCUUGAAGAUGAUGCACUCGCUGGCUGCGACGCAUUGGAUAAGCUUACUUGGGUAUCUUCCAUGUGCGACCGUUUUGUCAACGCUAUCAGUCACUGUUCGCUAGAAGAAUUUGCCAAAUACGAGGGCGCCUUGUAUGAGCUAGAACCUGUCGAGCGAGCUCUAAAUACCUGGAUCGAUGGCCUUCGACGUGACGAGCUGAAAGAGAAGCAGUGUGCCAGCGAGCUACAGCGUACUAUUGCUCUUAUGACACAUCUAGGCGAGGUCCACAUCUCACAAGAUCUAGAAAGCUUCGCAGAUGAGAUGCAGAUGAAGACAAUCUUAAUGCAGAGCCAUCUAGAGUCCGCUGCUACAGCAUUUAACAUAGUAAAGGAUAUGGUCCAAAGAGUUGUGCCUCCCAAUGGCGACGAAGACGAACUUGCUCAACAUUUCGCGAAGAAAUCUGAAGCCGUCAUUACCCAGACUCGUAGCGCUAAGGUGAUUAUUAGCAAGGCGGUACGAUCUCUAGAGGAUCUUAGAGCCAGGUCGCUGGCUCUUACUCCUGAUACUGUGGAAGCGUUUGAAGAAUGUGAGGCUGCAAGCCAAGAACUUGCAGAGAUGUCUCGAAAGAUUGGCGUGGACCUUCAUAGGCUACUCAGCGAGGAAGGCCGCGCAGAGCCGUUCACAUACCCAGAGGUUCAGAGCACCGUUCAUAAUACUAUUAUGACUGCAUUCUCGUCCGCCGAAUCCGAUCUCUUCUCGACUUAUCUCUCCAAACUUCGCACGCUCACUGGUCAAGUUACCGAUCUUGCUGCUGUUUGCGCCGAUCUAUCGCAGACGCAGGAGUUCGAACGCAGCCAAGCGCCGUGGAUUCUCCGUGCGCAGGAGCUUAAGGCACUCAAGACAAUCCCGAUCGACGCCGAGGAAGAGCUGCGACAAAUUAAGGAACAUUACAAUGAAGCUCGUCGGACGAUCGCUCUGCGCGAUGAGAACCUUAGCACAGCUGCCCUCCGCAUCGAAACGCUUGAGGCACGCAUGCGGGAUGCGAAUGCAAAGGCAUCUCGCAUGGCGGACCUUGAAGCGCAGCUCGCAGACGCACAGAAGCUCGUGGAAAGUCUCAAGAAAGACAUCGAGCAGCAGGACCGCGAGGCCAAGACCCUCGAGGUCGACCGCGACAAGUGGAAGAAGAUCGCCGGCGAUAGCAGGGCGUUUGGCGACGAGACCGGCUCCAACGGUAGCAGGGCGAAGGCCGGCCAGGAGCGCGCGGUGGCCACAGCACGUGAGAUGGAUGCCCUUAAAAAUGACAUCGCUAGCUUACAAGCUGCUAUUCGGUACCUACGUGAGGAUAACCGGCGCGCGCGCGCAACGGAACAGGCCCGACAUGAUUGGCUUGCCGAGCCCCUGCAGAAACCUGUUCCCGUUGUAGAACAGCGGAGGGCGCUUGUGGCAGCUGAAGGUAGGGACGCGCUAGGCGAACUCCUGAAGCUCGCGACAUCCGCCAAGGUCUACGACUUGAGUACCCUGCCGAAAGACAAGAUGGCAUGGCGUCCCGCGAAGGCGACACCACAGUAUCACGCUGCCAAACAGGCUGAAGACUACGCUACGUGGAACAGCUGGCAAGGAUCCGUAAUCCAGAAGACUAGGGUAGUGCUCACCGCCGAGCAAGGCAGGAAAAGACAUCAAGAGUCCGACCACGCGAAGAUGAUGCGCAAGGCCGCCGCGAGACUGCAGAUCCGACUCCCUGAUGCCGACGGUAAGGUGAUUCCCGGUGCUGGUGCAAGAGAGGUCCAGAUCGUUGGGUCUAGGGAGUGGGAGGGGCUGCAGGGGAGACUUGCUGCGGCCAUGUAAAGUGUAACAUCGCAUACGCAGGAUGAUGAGUAUUGGGGGCUUACGAAGGAGGAGAGGUCGAGAUACCCUUGAUUAGCAAACAUUUGUAUCAUUACACAUUAUUCUUUUGCAGCGUGGCCAGCAACGCGUAGCAGAUGUUGAAGUCACAUGUCCAUUAUGGUGUAUUCGUUGGUUUAUC